CGCACUAAUAUGUGACUCUGCUUAUACCAUACCAUGUAAAGCACCAGAGAAACUUCUCUGCACGUCCGAUUACUAUGCUCCGAUAAACAAUCCUGACGCUCCAGCGCUCCAUGAUACCCGCACACCGUUUGAGUUACCCCCGGAAGACUUCACCUCUGGCGAAGACGCCAUUCCCAAGAACCGGUGACUCUUCAUCCCCCACUCUUAAAAUGCUGCCCGAACAGCCAGCCACCCUAGUCCUCCGCCGCUUUCUUUUCUUGGUCGCCGUCUCCCUCUCCUGCGUAAUUCUCUUCCGAGCUUCUGACUUCAUCCGCUUCCUCCCUCGCUUACAAUCUUCCACCUCCGGUUCCUCCUCUAUUUUUCCAUUCAACUUCUCCUCUGCCUUCGACGAUUCCCCUCCGACUGGUGACGGAUAUAGGCUUGAAAAGAUUUUGAAGGAUGCUGCCAUGGAAGACAGGACUGUUAUUGUAACAGCUAUAAAUGAAGCGUGGGCAGCUCCAAAUUCGGUGAUUGAUCUCUUUCUAGAGAGCUUUAAAAUUGGAUAUCAUACCCAUGGACUUUUGAACCAUUUGGUGAUUAUUGCCUUGGAUCAAAAGGCAUUUGCUCGUUGUCUCGUGAUACAUACACACUGCUUUUCUCUUGUCAGCGAUGGAGUCGAUUUUCGUCAUGAGGCGUACUUUAUGACCCCCGAUUACUUGAAGAUGAUGUGGAAAAGGAUUAAUUUCCUGCGCUCUGUUCUUGAGAUGGGGUACAAUUUUGUUUUCACGAAGUUCUUGGGCCAAAUAAGAAGAAAGCUGGCUGUGUUUGAUGAAUGGGAUGCUGAUGUCAUGUGGUUCAGAGACCCAUUUCCUCAGUUUUAUUUGGAUGCGGAUUUCCAAAUAGCCUGUGAUUCUUUUUUAGGGAGCGCUGAUGAUGUACAUAACAGACCCAACGGAGGCUUUAACUAUGUAAAAUCAAAUAAUCGAUCAAUAGAGUUCUACAAAUUCUGGUACUCUUCGCAUGAAACUUUUCCUGGAUACCAUGAUCAGGAUGUCCUCAAUAUCAUCAAGUCUCAUCCCUUCAUCCUAGAUAUUGGACUAAAGAUGAAAUUCUUGGACACUGCAUAUUUUGGUGGGCUUUGUGAACCUAGCAAAGAUUUGAAUGAAGUUUGUACAAUGCACGCAAAUUGUUGUUAUGGCCUAGACAGCAAGCUCCAUGAUCUAAGGAUUAUGCUCCAGGAUUGGAAGCAAUUUAUGUCUUUGCCACAAAGUUUGAAGAGAUUGUCAAAUUUUUCCUGGAGGGUUCCUCAGAAUUGCAGUCUCGGUUCUCUCCAUCAUUAUGAUUCCCCGACGAAGGACAUUGAAGAAGGAGGGCAGGAUUGACUUGAAUUGUAUACAUGUUGCAUUAUAGAUUUGCCUUGCAUGUGAAUUUUUGGACAUGUUGGGUCUGAAUGUAUCUCAGCGGUGUUCACAUGUAUGAAUUGAGGGGAUGCCGAUGUAACUUGCAUCAUUGUCGAACAAUGACAUUGUACCGCCACCACGUAAUGGAAGGAUGUAGUUCCAUUACCUUCAGUUGUCACAACGCCAAUAGAUUAAGACUGAGUUGAAUUGAAUUGUGAAUAGUAAUAUUUUGUA